UCACGCAGUAUGGUGGCUGGGGGCUGGAGGGCCUGAGGCGCUGGCCGAGUCGUGAAUCCGUGUCCAUCUUGCUCGGGAGCUGCGACGACGGUCUUGACUGUCUCGCUAGUAUCGAGCGGCGAGACCAAAGCCGCGAUGGCAUCCGAAACUGCAGGACUGUGAGGUAUCAGAACGAGAGCCAGCAGGCCGGGCAGAGCAACAGAACCGCGUCGCGGACGAGCCGAGCUGCCGCCAUGGAGCUGAGGGUUGGGAACCGGUACCGGCUGGGCCGGAAGAUCGGGAGCGGCUCCUUCGGGGAUAUCUAUCUGGGAACUGAUAUUGCUGCUGGAGAGGAGGUUGCAAUAAAGUUGGAAUGUGUGAAAACCAAACAUCCUCAGCUCCACAUCGAGAGUAAAAUCUACAAAAUGAUGCAGGGUGGAGUGGGUAUUCCCACAAUUAAGUGGUGUGGAGCUGAAGGGGACUACAACGUUAUGGUGAUGGAGUUGUUGGGACCAAGUCUUGAAGAUCUCUUCAAUUUUUGUUCAAGGAAAUUUAGUCUCAAGACAGUCCUAUUACUUGCUGACCAAAUGAUUAGUCGAAUUGAAUAUAUUCACUCUAAGAACUUCAUCCACCGAGAUGUGAAGCCAGAUAACUUCUUAAUGGGCCUGGGGAAGAAAGGCAAUCUUGUCUACAUAAUAGACUUUGGACUAGCAAAGAAGUAUCGAGAUGCUCGAACUCACCAACAUAUUCCAUAUCGUGAAAAUAAAAACUUAACGGGAACUGCCCGUUAUGCAUCCAUCAACACUCAUCUUGGAAUUGAGCAAUCUCGCAGAGAUGACUUGGAGUCCUUGGGCUAUGUACUGAUGUAUUUUAACCUGGGCUCCCUCCCCUGGCAGGGACUGAAAGCAGCAACAAAGAGGCAGAAAUACGAACGUAUCAGUGAAAAGAAAAUGUCUACACCCAUUGAGGUUUUGUGUAAAGGAUAUCCUUCUGAAUUUGCCACAUACUUGAAUUUCUGCCGUUCUUUGCGUUUUGAUGACAAGCCCGACUAUUCCUAUCUAAGGCAACUAUUCAGAAACCUUUUUCAUCGGCAAGGAUUCUCCUAUGACUAUGUAUUUGACUGGAACAUGCUGAAAUUUGGUGCAAGCAGAGCAGCUGAAGAUGCUGAACGUGAAAGGCGGGAACGAGAGGAAAGAUUAAGACAUACACGAAAUCCAGCUGUACGUGGAUUACCCUCCACUGCUUCUGGCAGGCUAAGAGGAACGCAAGAUGUAGCUCCUCCUACUCCCCUUACCCCAACUUCACACGCUGCCAACACCUCUCCUCGGCCAGUAUCCGGUAUGGAACGAGAAAGGAAAGUGAGUAUGAGAUUGCAUCGUGGUGCCCCAGUCAAUAUCUCCUCAUCUGAUUUAACAGGCCGACAAGAUACCUCUCGCAUGUCAACUUCGCAGAAUAGCAUUCCUUUCGAACACCAUGGCAAGUAGCUGCUCGUCUCCUUUCGUUGGAAGGCAGCACUGGAUUCCUGCUCGGGUUACUACCAGUGUUCUCCAGUCUGCUGUGCACCGGUGAAAAUUAUUUUGCCAUGGAGGGCAGAUAAUGCAUGGCUGAUCUCCCAUGUUGCCAAUGGCUUUACUAGCAAAUAUACCCUAAACUAGAGUGGAAAUUGGAGUUCUCCAUGUGACCUAAAAAGCUCUUGGAGGAACAUGCAGAGACUCCAGCAGCUGCCAUUACAGGACGCUUUUGCCAGAAACCCAGUGACCUUAAGAGAACCCUGUGGUAACAGGGCUGGAAAAGAAAGAUGGUUUACAGAGUUCACCGCCUGUUACUGGAUGGCCAUUUCAGUUUUCCCUCCACAGGCGGCAGACUUUACUCCCUUUUUAUUAUUCUACUGUAACUAUAAAUCUUUUACUUGGUUUAAGAAAGUUUUUUGUAUCAUUUUGCUAAAAUUAUUGGCUUACUUCUCUGUAAAGAACUCUUGCUUUUGUCUGAUUUAAAAAUGUAGAGUAUAAACAAACCUGAACUAAAGAUAAUGACUUGAAAAUUCUUGUUUAAAAGAUUCGUCUGCCAGGGAACGUGUAAAUGAAUUAAAACCAUCUGCUGUUAUUUAAAUUGUUUGCUUUCAUGUAUGGUCCCAUUCUGAGUCGGUUUUCUCAUGAAGUUUUUAAAACUGUUAGAAGUUUAUUUUACUGGUUGCUGUCUUCAUUCACACUGGACAUUUAACUUUCUGUGUAGCACAAAUGAAUUUUUUAAUACUUAUUGUGUUUCAUAGAAGAGGAUAACUAAAUACCCUGCAGGAGAGUCUUAAGUAUAGUAGAGAUUGUAAUGAUGAGUUUCUUUUUUGUAAAGAACAUUAAGAACAAAGUGAAAGACUGACAUUUGAGGGAUUUAGAAUUAGAAAGCUUGUUCUGUCUCUCUGCUUAUUUUGGGUGAAUGGAUACUUUCAAACGUUUUUACUCAGAAAAUUUUGUUUCUUCUUCACUGAGGCUGGUUAGCUUGGAGGCUGUUACAAGUGCAAAAUAGACAUUGCUGCUGAAUCUAAAGUGAAUUUGCAUGUUUCAUUCAGUAUCCACAUGUUAAUAAAUAAAUACAUUGAUUUAGGCCUUCUGUUACAUGCCAAGACUCAAAAAAAGAAUUAUUAUACAAAAAAAAAACCCAACUAAAUAACACCCCCACAAACAUAGUAACCUAUUCUUGCCAUAAAAUCUUGAGAAUUUUUACAAUUCAGAUGCAUAUCAUACUUAAUUCUUAAGUAUAUUUAACCUGAGAAUGCCCAGAGUAAUUACUUAGGCAUGAAUGACUCAACAUGCUCAGGUUGUUGCAGGUGUUGUUGGCUCCUGUUGGUUAUGAAAUACGGGAAAUUCUUUAUACUGUCUGUUACUGUAAAUGGUCUCGUAAAAGUACGUGUUCUAUCCUUACGGUACUUGGAACAGUACCAGAACUCUUAUGACUGAAAUUAUGGGAAGUUCUGUGCUGGAAAGUAUGUGCAGAGAUUUUGUUUGAACAGUUAGGUAUUUUGAGAAAUGGAGACAAUUUUUAAAGGUAUAUUUGUCUUCAGAUUUUUAUGGAGAGUAGUUUUUAUUUUUUGGAUGUUUACAAAUUCCUUUUUGCCCCUCUCCAAAGUCCACAUACCAAGUAUUAUCAUUAUUCUUUGGAUGCUUUCAUAACAUUAGCUAUUUGCUUGUGUGUACUCUGGAUCAGACUGGGGAAAUGUGUGUUUGGGGAGAGUAUAGUGGAAAAGCUCGAGAAUUUGAUCAAUUGGUAAGUUUGCAUAAGAGAAUUAUUUCCUCAGUUACUAUAAACUUUGGUAUUUUAGGCAUGUGCACUACCAUUUGAGCAGUUUUACACCUCACUGUGCUUUCCUUGUAAAUAUCUGUGGUUAAUAGUGUAAUGUUUGAGGGACUUAAAAAAGCAGCCUUUUUAUUUCCUAUGUAUCUGGACCAUUAGAUUGCUGUACUAUACUUAAAAGUUGACUGCAGACUUCUAGAAUUGUACUCACUUGUGGGCAGUUUUUGUCCUCAUGAUAGUUAAAUUCCAUCAUGCAGAAAAUAGUUAGACUGUCUAUAUAAACCUGUGUAUAAACCAGUAUCUCAAAGCACUUCAUUUGUACUACCACUGUAUUUGUGUACUUUAACAGUUGUGUAAAUACAUUCAUAAUAACUUCUGUUCUUCUUGGUGUAACUUACUGACUUGCUAUGAAUCCUUACCAUUUACCUGAUGCAACUCUUUUCUUUUUUCUCUUUUCUUCUAUUUUUUUUCUUUUCUCUCUUCUUUUUUCUUUUUUUCCAAGGGAUUUCUGUACCUACAAAGAAUAUUGUCAGUUGCAAACAUUUGAAGUUACUGUCUUGGUAGCAAAACUUUCAGUGAAAGAGUUUGGUAGUUACGAUCCUGGGGUAUACAGGAAGAAAGAGAAAGCAUUAAUUGCUUUGCUCACAGAAAGCAUGCCUUUUUGCCAGUUUAAAGGUAAAUGUUUUUGUUUGGAUACUUCUUUUUUUUUUUUUCCCAGAAGGUUUUCAUUUUGUAUAAAUGUUUUUGCUUAUCAAGUAAUGCAUGGUAUUGAUAAGAAAGUAUAGUAGGAGACUUGACAUUAGAUCAGUUAUGGGAGCUAAGAUAAAAGCAAGAAGAACAGUGAGCUUUACUCACAGUGGUGCCCUGUAUAAUAAAAUUCCAGAUUUUCCUAUGUGAUUCUCAAAAGUCUAUUAUAAUCUGAGGGUAGACACACCUUCAGGAGCCCACCAUGUUUUCUUAUUAGGAGACCUUUGAAAGUUGGAAGGAUGUUUUAAUUUCUUCUCCUGGUUUUCAUUAAAAAUUGUGUAUAUGCUUUUAUAUGGAAAAUACCACCUGUGCUGCUGUUUUACAUAAUCUUGAGUGGUUACAGAGUCCUUGAGUUUUUGUGGUACAAGUAGUUUAAAAAAAAGAAAAAAAAAAAGAAAAUAAAUCCUCUGCUUUAAGAGAGAUAUUAAGAGAAAACAUUUGAGUCCAUAUAUUCCAAGUUAACUUCAUGAAAAUAUUCAAAAUACUUCUUGGAGGAAGGCAUGUUGAUGAAGUCAUCAUUUCCAGUAGGAAAGAAUAUCAUAAGCACAACUACUUGUCUUUGUUUCCUCGUGUCCCAGACCCUUCAGUACAGCAUUGGCUAGAGCAGCAUACAUUGCUGAUUUCAAGAAUAUUUAGUUUCUCUUUUAAAAUAAUUAAAUAAAAACGUGUUUAUUUUGUUCUUUAA